AAUGCUGGGCCACGACGAUUUCACGACGGCAUUCGGUGUAGUUUAGUCGGGACUCGGUUUCUGGUCGGGUCAGACCUUCGCGAUCUAUUGUAAAAUCUCAGAUUGCCCUCGGAGAAGCGAUGAUUAGGGAAAUAGCUCUAUAUAGAGUGGUCGAACCAAUGGCGAGGUGGUGCACCCGAUGCUUGCUAUUCUGCAGAGAGUCUAACCAACAUCAUGGCCCAUUCCGAAAAAGUCAGCCAGAUUCCUCGUGGACGAGGAGGAGCCCUCCACGGUGAUCGCAGCGACAAAGGCUCAUCGCCCCUCGGCACAGCCAUCUUCGCAGUCCUACGUAUCCUUGAUCCAGUCCUGCAGUAUGGAAUCCUUUCGCCCGGCCCUACUUCACUUGCAGCCCCCAUCCUGGGCUUAUUCGGCGGCACUCCGCUGCCUCUCGAGUCCGCCCCCAUGGCACUGGGUCUCUCACCCUGGCGGCUGACGCUGCUGGGUAUGUCGCUCCUCGGCAGUCUAAAGGGCAUUUUCUACCUGUUUUACGUAUCGGAGACAAAAAUGCCGGUGAAAACCGCUUUGCUGGUUGGCAUUUUCAAGGCAUUCUCUACAACGGUCAAUUCGCUCAUGUUCUGUGCUGCGGCUACCUCGGCGACGAGCUCGUACAAGCCUGACGCAGUCACCGGCUGGCACCCUAUCCUUUCUAUUGCUUGUGCGGUUUUCACGGUCGGGAUUACUGUGGAGACUGUCUCUGAGCUUCAGCGGAGAUCGUUCAAGAAGGACCCCAGUGGACGGGGUGUUGGGAAGGUGUAUACCGGAGGAUUGUUCCGGGUUGCGCGUCAUAUCAACUAUGGUGGGUAUACUAUUUGGAAGGCUGCGGCUGGCCUUGCGGCUUCGGGUUGGGGCUGGGGUGGUCUGACGCUUUUGUGGUUGCUGGCUGAGUUCCGCAGAAGAGGUAUUCCUGCUUUGGAUGCUUACUGUGAGAAGAGGUAUGGUGAGGAGUGGGAUCAGUUCAAGCGCCGGACUCGGUGGAAGAUGAUUCCUUUUUUGUAUUAGAGCUGAAUGGAGGGUGGUAGAUAAAGACCAAUGGGGACAUGCGCAUAUUCUAGUCAUCUAGUAGUUGUUACAGCUCUGUCGGCUAUCAAUGCUCAGAGUAUUAGACUUCAGAUACGAAAGUCUAUCGAAAGAGAAUACGAGAACUGUUUUGUAGGCAGUGGAAAUCAGGCAUUAUUGCAUUAUCGUACCACGAUUAGCUUGUAGAAAAGAUACAAUAUGAAACAAAGUCAAA